AUGCUCUUCCUAAAAUUGCAUGAGUGCUUUUUGUCAGCUGCGCAAGAUGAGGCAAUAAAAAACAUAGAGUCAUGGAACGUUUUCAUUGCUUUGGCUAUGAAAAACAACUUAUUUUCAACUGAAGACAUAAGCAGAAUUGAAAGAUUCCGCCCUUCUCUACCAGUUAAUUUUGAAUGUGCAAUAGCAACAAUAGCGCAAAUAGUCGAUAACCCUGAGUUUCACAAAAUAAUUGAAUACUCACUUAAGCUGCAUUCAAAGCUUAUCCAAGCCCGCGACGCAAUUGAACUAUGGAAUCCUGUGGUCAAGUAUGAAACUACUCUUCAAAAGUAAAUUACCUAGUAUUGAUAAUAAAAAAUAUAAGAGAUGUUCCUGUAUCUCUUAAAAAUUAUUCAAAUGCGAUUUAUAGAAUAUAAGCUUAUGUAUAACCUACUUUAUAUCUCACCUCUAAAAAUAAUAUAUAUAUUAGAAAAAUUUAACUAUGAUUAGCAGAUAUGAGCCAUAUGUUUUAUAUUAAUUAAUUGGGAUAUAUUAGGUUUUAUAUGAAUAAUAAGCUAUAAUAGAUUAAAUUAAUAAAGCAGAUUGGUUUAGCAAAUUAAUGCUAGAUUGUGUGUUUAAGGUGAAUAAUUAUGCUUGAAUUAUUUUGUCUCUAUCCAUUUUAAAGCCGAAUUCGGGUGGAUUCAUGUCUAAAAUUAGAUAAUAAAGUGAAAUACUUGUAUUUCUCUUCUAAUUUUCUUAUUUAUUUAGCAUAAAUUUUGUUCACAUAUAAAACUCUAGUGAUAUGAAAUAAAGUAUUUAAUGCAUUAGCAAACAUUCUAGAAAAUAGAGUUAGAAGAGCGAAAGAUCGAAUAUAUUGCAAUAUUACUGCAAUUUUUAUUAUCAAGACUAGUUAGUCUGGUGUGUUUCAUGCUUGACUAUCCUGGAAGUCUCAAUGAAGCUGAGCUUGCUCAACUUCUGUAUAAAAUCUAUAAAUCCUAUAUCUCCAUUCAAAAGUCUGAAGAGCUUUUGCAAGAUGUGGCAUCAAGGCUGAGCACUUAUAGCGAAGACGUUCAAAGAUCAGUUUAUGAUAAAAUUUAUGAUAAAUCUGAAACAAUCCUAACAGCUCAUAUAUUUCAAGAAGAGGAGUCCGCAAACAUAGAAAAGCUUUGACAUAAAGAAAGAGUGAGAAGCGUGCAGUAUAGAAAUCGGCCUAUUAAAGUGCUUCAAGAAUAUCCUGACGGAACUAUUAGGCAACAAGGAUUUUGCGCUAAAAGAGACAUUCCUGUUGAAGUAUUAGUUGUUCCGAGGCUGCUAUUGGAUUGUGAAGUACUUACAAAGCUCUUUAACAAAAUUUCUGCUCAUAAGCAGCUAUUUUUAUCAAAGUACUUCCAUAAUUAUCUUGGCUUUGAUGAUAUUUCUUCAGAUACAAGCAACUUGUAUUUUUUUGAAACACUCAAAGGAAUAACUGUUAGGAAGAUUUUAAAUGGGGUAAGAGUCAUAUAGAGAACCAUUGAGCAACUACCAACAUUGAUCAAAUAUUGAGCUAAAGAGCUUUUAAAUGCAUUCACCGAUCUUUUGCAUAAAUGCACCCACAGUGUUUUAUACCCCAUCACGUGCGCUAAUAUAUUUAUUCAGGAUAACGGCUUAAAGCUUUAUUUAAAAGGGGUCGAGUUUGGAGAUUUUAGAAACGAAGAUACGCAUCAUGAAACAGAAGCCAAACUGCUUGAAAUGUAUGGACAGAUCAUGCUUGAACUUUUAACUGGGAAUCCUAAGUUUAGGGAUUUUCAUAAGCUUUCUAAUUUUAACAUUGACUUAAGAUGCAUUGUCGAAGAGUGCACAAGAUCUUAUGAGAGAUUUCAAGAUAGCCUUGCGAAUUUUUUGAACCAAAGUGCUUUUGAAGAGAAUCAUCAUAGAAACACAUUAGAAGAGUUGGAAAAUCAGCUGGAAAACAUUAAGAAGGCAAAAGAAGACUGUGCGAACAGAAGAAAGCGGCCGAAAGUCAAAAAACUAGAACCACCCAGCUAUAUAAGAGAAUCUUUGACCUUUGCCAGACUUCACACACACCCUUUCUUUAACGUUUACUCAGAACUGGAUUCCUUUGAGUUCGAUAAAGUUAUUGAUGAGUUCGACCUUCUGUCAAGAGACACAAAUAUAAUAACUGUUUAA